AUGGACGCGGACAAACCAUCAGAUCCGGCUGCUUUCCCAGAUCUCGCUCCUCUCGCCGCCUCGCUCGACACCCCGCCUCAGCUAACUCCCGAGGCUUCUGACGACUCGUCAAACCCGUCCGACAUCUGGGCGACCCUUGCGAGCACGUCAAAGCCACCGAGUGACCCAGCACAAACCGUCUCGGCGCCGGGCUACCACGCCUCGUACGCUGUUCCGGCACCAGCUCCCCCACCACCUCCAGUCGACUUGCACGACCUCGACCCGUUUGCGCCAGCUCAAGGCACACUCGGCAGUACCGUACGGCGGGAGAGUCGGCUCGAGGUUAUUGAGAACAGCGAGAGUGAGGAGGGGAGUCCGGUCGAGGACAGGCGGAUGCGGGAUCAGCAGGAGCUCGGGAAGGGUCAGCAGGUGCAGGGUCAGGGUUCGGCAGCUUUCAGUUUUGGGAAUAUGCUGAGGAGUUUCAGUGGGACGCCUACGAAGGAGCGGGAGAAGGCGGCACCGACUCAGCCUCAUCCCGAACCGUCAGCAGGCCAUUCCUCGGCGUCCACCUCCUCGCCCGCAACUCCCUCGCAGCCAUCGACCUCUCAACCUGCUCCGCAAACGCCAUCAGGCCCGUCACCACUCGCCAAGCCCCUCGCGUCGAUCGCCUCCGUCUUCCGCUCCUCGAACCGCCCGUCUCCGUCAUCUAGCACCACCAGUACCCCUCAACCCGGCAGCUCUCCACAACGGGAGAAAGGUACCUUCAUUGCUGCCAUUGCCGGCUCCGGUGCAGCGAAGGGCAAAGAGAAGGAGAAGCAUGUCGAGGAGGAGAAGGCGGAUCAGGCGGAUGAGAAGGCGGCGAUGAGGCAGGCUGGUGGCGAUGGCAGGGCAAGGGAGAGGGAAGAACCUGUCUUUGACUUCAACAAGUUCCUCGAGCAGAUGCGGAGCAGGUCGGCGGAUCCUAUCGCCAAGUACUUGCGGUCCUUCCUGAAAGAGUUCUCCCGCCGCCCACCCGUCUCGACCAAUGACCAAGUCCGCGUGAUCAACGACUUUCUCGACUUUAUCGCCGGCAAGAUGCGACACGCGGAUCCGUGGAAGAGCAUGCUCGAUGUCGACUGGCGAGAUGACCCGGAGCGCGCGGAACAGGAGUUUGACCUGGCGAUGGAGGCGAUGGAGAAGCUUGUCAUGAACCGGUUGUGGCACCUCACCUACACGCCAGCACUCGACCUCUCAGCCUUUCCCGGACACAUGUCGCCCUCUGGCGACGUCGAACGCGACGACGUUCUCCGGCAACGAAUACGACUCUUCUCCUGGAUCGAGCCGAAACACCUCGACUUGCCUAUCCCUUCACCUUCCGAUCCUCCAUCGACCGAGUCACUCUCCAAAGAAGGCGGGGCGGAUGCCUCGGAGCCUUCAACAACGGACGACAAGCCUGUCGAGGAGGGUAAGGACGCCGGGAAGAAGGAGAAGGGAGGGAGGAAGCAGAUCCAGGGCUUCCUCGACUUUGCGCAGCGCGAGUUGCGCAAGAUGAAUCAGUACAAGGCGCCGCGCGACAAGCUCAUCUGCGUGCUCAAUUGCUGCAAGGUCAUCUUCGGCUUGAUACGACAUGUCGCGAGCGGCGAAGAAGGCGCCGACACGUUCAUCCCGUUCUUGAUCUACGUCGUCAUCAAGGCGAACCCGGACCACCUCGUCUCGAACCUCCAGUACAUCCAGCGCUUCCGCAACCCGGAGAAGCUGUCGGGUGAGGGCGGGUACUACCUUUCGAGUCUCAACGCCGCCAUCUCCUUCAUCGAGUCUCUCGACGCCUCCUCGCUGUCGAACAUCACGCAGCAAGAGUUCGAAUCGAAAGUCGCCGCCGCAGUCAAGCAACUCGCGUCCGAAGAACCCCCUCCCCCGCCGCCUCCUCACGACCCUCCCACGCCCUCUCGCUCUUCCACUCCCUCGACUCGACCGCCGGUACGAGAUGCAACAUCCACAUCCAGCGACCUGAUCCAGCCUUCCGAAGCAGCAUCCGCCUCGCUCCUCGCACCAACAGGCGAAGGCGGCGUCGCUCCCGCCACGCCUCAGAACCUCUCGUUCCCCGAAACGAUGAAGCAGUCGCUCAUUCGCGGGACGGACUCGGUCGAGAGGGCUAUGAGCAAGCCCCUGGGCGCGCUCGCGAGGGUCUUUGCGCAGCUUGAGGAGACGGCGAACGAGUUGACGGGCCAGACGCCGCCUUCGACUCCGGGGAUCGUCCGUGCACCGCCUGCGCCUUUGCCGCCGACUCCAAGCGUCGAACACCCCCAGGUGGGAUAUCCCGGCUCGCAGCGUCCUCACCCCUCGAAACGACGAAGCUACCACGCCUCCCUCUCUCGUCCUCCUCUUCCCCCGCUCCCUCCGUCGUCAGGCUCGCUACAGACUGCCGCCCCACCGCCCGACUUGUCGAUGUACGCCGCGCCGGACGUCAGCGACGAUGUGGUUUUGAGGGAGAUUGAUCGGCAGCAUGAGGAGGCGAGGAUGGCGCAGCUCGAGACGCUGCAGAAUAUCUUUCCCGAGGCGGAGCGCGAGGUACUUGAGAUGGUCCUCCUGAGCAACAGCGGCGACAUGGGCAAGACGAUCGAUAGUCUCCUCGAGAUGACCUGA